AUGCAAAAAGAAGAAGAAAAGAUGGCUAUCCCAGCUCCCAUCAUCGAACUCCCCCAAACCCCAACCAUCACCAACCUAAUGACAACCUUCUGCUCUUCCUCCUCCACGCCCAAGAUCAUGCAAGACACAAUCCACACCUUAACCCACGAGAUCAUUUCCGCCGCCAAAUCCCACGACCCAACCCUCAAGUCCCCGACAACAAUGAUCCCCAUCCUCCGCGGAGCCUUACCCAUGUUCGUAGCGGCACAGCCUCUCCUUCCCGCUACUUCAUGCAUUCUAGCCCGGUGCAGCAAGAUGAAAGGCACACAGGAUGUGGUUGUGGACUGGCUAGGCCGACGACCAUUCCCACCGGCGUCUGAUGACGGGAAGAUUGUUAUCCUCGAUACGAUCAUUGCUACUGGGGAUACGGUCGUCAGGCUUUGUGAGGAACUGUGGGAGAUGUGUGGGGGCCUGCCAAGGUCGGUUGUGGUAUUGUGUGUCUAUGCAGCUCCCGAGGCAUUGGAAAGGGUGGCUCGUUGUCCGGUGGUGGAGUAUGUUGUUGUUGGGAGACAGGCUGAGAGAUGCGAUGAGAGGGGAUAUUUGGUUCCGUAUACGAAUGGAGAUAUAGGUGAUAAGAUUUAUGGGGGAGUGUGGAAAAAGGAGGGCAAGAUGGGGGAGCCUGUUGUUGCGGAAGGAGAGGAUGUGGAGAGAGUUUUGUCGGGGGUGCAGAGCUUACUGGUUGAGAAUGGGGGAUUGUGGAAAUUGACGGAGGAUGGAUUGGCGAUUGAACGGGAGGUUCAGUUCCCCGGGUUUAAAGAGGCUUGGGAAAUCAAGAGGUUUAUGAAUCAUGUGGCAGAUACAGCGACUAAGCUUCGACACCAUCCCGAAUGGUCAAAUGUUUAUAACAAAGUCUCCAUCCGUUGGACGACUCAUCGCCCUAAAGGUUUGACCAGCUUGGAUGUUGUCGCGGCUCAGCUCUGUGAUAGCUAUGUAUAA